CCAUGUGAGGAAGGAUACGAUUCGUCGUCUCGGAAGACAUACAAGCCAUGCCCAUACAAACCUGUCUGGGAGGAUCCUACUGCAGAGAAGAUAAAGAUCGAGAAGGAGAUGAAAGGGUCCACGACUGGGAACGCAGCUAAAGCCAAGGCAUCGGAAGCUGCCGACUCAACCACGUCUACAGAGGAUAAGCCUGCCGGAGCAGGAGAGUCCAUGGCAAUUAAGUCAUCAGUACCGCUCAAGACGUAG